GCAUCUCUUAGACCUCCCUAACGAAAUCUUGCUUCUCAUUGCCAAAUAUUCUGAUUAUCCUUGGGAGAUUAGUUGUUUCUCCCAGGCUAGCCGCCAUCUCCAUUUAUUGCUAGAUGGCCUUGCCUAUCAACAUGACCAACGCCAUCACGAUAGCUCAUUAUUGGUAUGGGCAGCGAAGAAUGGAGUCGUGUCAAUUGCACGCAAAAUGCUGGAUAACGGGGCCUACCCUUUGCGAUGUCAUGAUGGAGAGCAUACGGCCAUGUCGCUUGCUGUGAUGAAUGGACAUGCCUCGAUACUAGAGCUGUUCCUGGAAAGAAACAUACCUCUACCUAGAACGGACUUCCUCGACCCUGACUAUGACGCACUGACGGAAGCGGUGCACGAGGGCCAUGCAUCUAUCGUCCGGUUGAUUAUUGAACAUCGAAAACUCCCGGCUUCUUGGAACUUCAAAUUUCUGUUGGCUGAUGCAGCGGGGGACGGCUAUAUUGCUGUCGUCGAGGUACUCAUGAGAUUAUGGGAAAUGGAACAUCCUCCUGACCAGCUUCCCCUCCCUUCAUUGACAGUCGCACUGGCCAAGGCAUUGUGCAGCGCAGCGGGCGCGGGUGAAUUAGAAAUGGUUCAGUGCCUGCUCCGACUCGGAGCCAACCCAAAUGCAGUUCCUCGUACACGGGAUACCCCAUUACUUGCCGCCGUCACCUAUGGUCAUUUUGACAUGCUCCGGUACUUGCUUACCCAUGGCGCAGAUGUGGCUCAGUUAUCAGUUGAACAGAGAUCCAGCAUUUUCUCUAAAGCCGCCACCAACGAGCGUGACGCGAGGUUCAUUUUGGAAAACAUCGAUUAUAAAAGGUUUGCAAUGAACAGUAAAAAGGAACAUGCAUAUUUGCUGUAUGCCGCUAUUGCAUGCGAGUUUGAACAACAUGUGCAAGAGCUUCUGCAAUACGGCUUGCCUGAUGACAGUGACUUUGUAGUCCUUCAUUAUGAUCAAUGUUGCCUACGCUGUGGACCGCUUGAAGUGGCCGCAAAGACGGGCAACGAGAAAAUUGCCACUCUCCUGUUAGACAAGGGCGCUUCUUGUAACCCUCGCGACAUGAUCCCAUCCCGAGACCCACUCCGCUUAGCCAUCCUCGAAGGACGUGAGAAUAUAGUCAAGUUGCUGCUCGAUCGCGGUGCUGACCCAAAUUACAUCGAACGCCUCGGUGCUACUGUCUCCUUGCCGCUAGUUCUAGCCAUCGAGCACGAACCUAUCUUCAAACUGCUACUUGAGCGAGGAGCUGACCCCAUGAGCCCAAUUUACUCUCGCUACACCAGUAGCACCACAGUGCUACAGGUGAUUAUGUCCGGGAAAGUGGCCUUGGUCCAGACAUUGUUGGAUCGUGAUGUGCCAAUUGAAAUUCCUGGCCCUUUGCACCAUCAACAGGAGAGGACCAGUCUUCUGCACUACGCGAUAGAAGGAGGGGCAGAUAUGAUGAAAUUCCUUCUUGGAAAGGGCUUUCUGAAUAUCCCUAGUGAUUCGAAUGAGAGAAAGGAAGCCGUCAUAUAUGCCUUAGACAGAAAGCAGGCCUCCUCCUUCAACUACCUCAUGGACCAAGGUUUCAACAUGCCUAUUGAUGAGGUCCCAAAAACACUUGAAAAGCUUGCUGGAUAUGCGCAGACAAUAGGCUACGGUUCCUGGCAUUCUCAAGCAGACGCGAUGUUCAACACACUAUUAAACUGCGGUGCGAAUAUAAAUGCCACCGAUAUCCCUGGAUACUCGGCUCUCUGGUAUAGUAUCCACUUUCGCUACAUCAAAACCGUGGAAUAUCUCCUGAGUAAAGGCGCGGAUCCGCUUACUCUGAACAAAGGCGGGGAAACGCCAUUAUCUCUCUCGGUGCGGUGGAUGGAGGGGUUUGAGCUCCUGAUGCGAUCAAUUGACAUUUCCUCUAUGCCGCCGUAUCAGUUGCGCUAUAGGAUAGAGAGAUGUCUGGAUGCGGCUGUCGAGUUUAAGCAGUGGGAGGUUGUGAAGAGGGUUGGAUCCAAAUUGAAGGAAUACUUUCUUGUAUAUAGUGCCCGUGAUGUUGACAGGAUCCUCACCCGGUGAACUAGGUACAUACACUUAUAGUACGUACAUCGGAGAGCACCUGGCGUUCCAGUCAGCGGAUACAUGGUAUCUUCUAUACUGAGAUAUUCUUUGCGACUCGGUUCAUUCGUUAUCGAUGUGGAUUGCAAUAGCAUAGCUGUCCAACCUAUUCGGCCUGACAGUCGAGGCCUUCCGUUAAAUGAUCCCGGACCAUGCCAGCGGAAACGAGAGUUCAAAAUGCAUAUAUGGACAGAGAAAAGGAAGGGAGAUGCUAAAUCGACACCCCUCCGAAUUAGGCAAGUCAGCAAAGCUACGAAAAGGCGCCAAUAUACCAACUUACUAUGCCGCCAUUCAAGGGCUUUGUUGAUUUGUGAGAGUGCUUAACUGGCUUAAAACUAUCAUGAUUUUAAACCGCAGAAAAAUCUGGCUAUUAAACCGCUUUUUUAACAAAAUCAACACUAAA